CAAUGGAUUAUGAUGAUUUAUUUCGUUUAUUACCAAAACCACCCAAAAAAUGGAGUACCCAAGAAGUACUAGUAUGGCUAAAAUAUAUUGGAUAUUGUUAAUUGGAUAGUUAUUUUGGUACUAAUUGAAAUUAAAUUUAAGUAAAUGAAUGCGUUGAUGGUUCUUGUUUAGAGAUAUUAACAGAUUAAGAUUUAUUAGAUAUCGGUAUCACUUCCGCAUUAUAAAGAAAGAAACUUUUACAAUGUAAAUAACAUAUAUAAUUAAUACAGGGAUUCAAAUUGGUUUGAAAGAAUUUACAAAUUAUUGCAAAUCACAUACAAGAAAUGAAGUUACUCCACAAAUGGUUUAAACAUUUAUGGAAGUUCAAUAAAUCUCAUCUCCUAGAGUUGAAAUUCCAUAAUAAGAAAGGCUGCCUUUGAAAGUGAUUCAAGAUAGAAUUUUAUAAUCAAGACAUGAAUAUGAUGUUGAAAUUGAAGAAAAAACUACGCUAGGAUAGAUUCCUAUUGAACCUCUUCCAUCACCUGGAGGUAGACAAAAACAAUAAUUUAUCUUACCUACUCCAAAGUCUCAAUAGAAAAUAACAGAAGAAGACUUAGUAAGAUAAGUGUAAUAAAGCAAUAAAAAAGUGAGCAUAUAUUAUAUUAUUAGAAUAUAUUUGCUGAAUUAUCCAUGUAAUAAAUUUAAAAGCCAAUAAUUUUAAGCCCAUAGAAAUAAGAAUAAUAAUAAUCAUUAUAAGAAUCUGAUUAUCAUUUACCAUAAUUUGGCACUCCUAAAUUUGAUAAAUAAGAUAAGAAAGAUAACUAAGAUAUAAAAUAUAAUAAUUAAUAAUAAUUUUAUCUAAUUUAAUCACCUAAAACACAAAACUAUUAAUUAAAUAUUAAAAUAAAAAAAGAAGGAUUACCAACCUAAAAAAGGCUAAUAAAGAAAAAUGCUACUAUAGGAAGAAAUCCAGAAAAUGAUAUUUAAUUAAAUCAUGAAUCCGUUAGUAGGACUCAUGUAUGGGUAAUUUAAUCAUUUUAAUUAAUUUAGCUCACUUUUAAAGAAAAAUAGUUUUAUUUAUAAGAUAGAGGAAGCUUAAUAGGAACAUUUCUUCUCUUAGAAACUAAAACUUAAUUAAUGCAAGGCUAUAUAAUAUAAAUGGGGGCAACUGAAGUAGUUAUACAAACACUUUAAAAGAAUGGUUAAUGUAUAUUUAAAUUUAAUUUUUUUUAAGAAUGCAAUAUUGUCUUGGCUUCAUAAAUGGGAUCUGUUUAAUUUACUUUGUCAAUUGGAAAAUCUAAAAUGAUAGGAUUAUAAACAUUUGGAGAUCAGACAAUGGCAUUUGAUCAUGCAUUAUUAGAAUUCACUAAUGAAGGACUGAGUAUAGAGGAUUAAAAGACUUCUAGCGGGUAUAAAUUUAUAUUGAAUUAGGACUUGGAUGAGAUUAAGCAAAUCUGGUGUUUAAUCUUAAAUUGUACCCUUAUGUAAAAGAAGAGUCAUAAAAAUAGCAGAAUAUAUAGUUAUCAUAGAACCAGAAUGA